AUGACCUUCUUCCGCCCCAAUUUGUUACUCUACCCUCUUCCCUUCCUCUUGCUUGCCCCUCAUUAUUGUGUCCCUUUCCUUUUGUUUUCCCACUCCCUCCGAAAAAGCACACAUUGUUCGGUAAAUGUCGUCCUGCACGCCAACUUGCCUCCAUUUGCAUUUUGCUCUCAACUUGUUGGGUCUGAAACGGUUUGUGUUGCCAUUCCCGACGCUCGCCAGUCCGAGGAACUGCGUGCACGGUCCAAGAUACCCGUUCACACGUCAAAUGUCGCCGUCGCCGUCGCCGGCAGGACGCCCACCAAGUGGGCCGACGUUGAGGCGACGGCUGACAGUCACCUCGAGGCCUCCGAGCUGGAAGCGACGGGUGACAAGAGAGACGGAGCUCGAGUGCAAAGAUCGGCUAACACUGUCGUCGAACCGGAGCCCCUGAUCGACUUGGCCCUGGUGAUGAGCGCCUCGACGGUCGCCUUGAAAGACGCUUUGUCUCAGGCCAGACGAGCCAGCAUCCAAGAUGCCCUCUUCGACGGGGAGAGGAUGCGAAGUCUGCUCGAGGCGACGGCCAGUUCGAGUCCGCUUCACGGCUUGGCCGGCGGCUGUGGUAGCCCUUCGCACAGGUCGCCAACCGAUGACGGUCUUGGCGACAGCGCUGCCGAGGAGGAGGACAGCGAGCCGGAGUGGGAGGCAGCAGCUACCGCCGGCGAAGAGGAGGCGCAGCGGCGCGACGACCGCAGAGAUCGAACACUCGUCGAGACACACUCACCGCCUCGAUCGGGCUCUCCGACCGGCAGGCUCGGG